AUGGACGCCUUCGUGGGGUACAGCUUCCAAGCGAUCCCCGAGCGGCCCCAGCGCAUUGCGGGAUCGGGAUUGAGGGCAGGGCCGGGGCAACAGGCCCCAAAGCCAAGAUCUUCGGAGCUGUCUUGGGGCUUCGCGGCCUUGGCUUCGACCGCCUCUGCGAUUACCGGGGCUGCCAUACAGCGCCGGCGCAAGGCCCGAACAUCUAUGCGCCAAAGCAAUGUGGCCAAGGAGAGCCAGCAGCCUUAUUCCCAGCUUGUUGCGGAAGACCGCAUGAUCACUAUUCAGGAAUCCCAGAUUCGAUACGCCGGGGCAGCCAUAAUUGCGCUUGUCGGGGUGUACAAGUACGUCGGUAUGGUCGCUGCUGGAAGCUUCGACUAUGCCGCAAUCGCCGCGAACGCAGCCGGAGCUUGGGGUGUCUUCGAAUCCGGGCGUCAAUCCAUCUGA